GUUGACCGUUAUAACAUCAAGCGUGAUAGAAAUAUUUCUCUCGCAGUCUAAGAAAUACAGGAAGAGACAGACAGAGACAGUAGACUCAGGAAACACAUUCAGGUCUGUUUUAAAAAUUUCUGGAAGAGAAAAAAAGAGAGGAGACUUUAGACAGAAAGAAAGGCAAAUAAGGAAGGGGAGACAAUAGAAAGGUGGACUAAUUAACUUAAGACUUCUGAGAGCUUUGGAGAUUUUUGCAACUGGAGUGAUUUCAAAAUCAGAGUAAAUGCGACUCAACAUGUAGAUGUUCUGCAGGUUUCUGGUUAAAAUUUCCCCCUUUUUUACCCCCCAGAGUUGAAUAAUUUACCCUGCACGCAAGCAAAGACAAAUCUAAAUGUUUUUUUGAGAAAUCUGAGGGAUGCGUCUGAGGGAAAGAUGCAGAGCAGAGAAUUCUGACAUGGUGCCGACCCAAAUUGACAGAGACGAGGACAGAGUGGACUGUUCAGUGGCAGACACGUCUCCAACCAGACACAGGUAUUCUCUACUCGAUAUUAAGAUCAGUCAAGAUAUGGAUCCAUGCUAACUAAAACUAUCAAUAAUAUUGUGCUCUGAUCUUGUAUUUGUAAGUCCUCUUGGAAUGCGUGAUAUUGCCAUUGUGAUGUUAAAUAGUUGUUUCGUUUGAAACCAAUAUUUCUUGCCUCACUGAUUUGAAAUUGUAUUAUAUUAUUGCAAAAUCAACCAGUAAUUGGCUUUGUCAGAAUAUAACUGUAAAAUGUGCAAAGCAAUACCUUGUAUCUUCAGCACAUGAUCAGAUUUAUGUGGAGGCAAAUCAUUUUUCAAAGAUUUAGUAAUAAAAUAAGUAAUGUACCAAGAGACUCUCUCUGUAAAUAAUAACUUGCAGCUGAUUUGCAAACUAUAGUUGUUUGCAAACUAUAGUUGUUUACAAACGUGUUUUAAUAUGAUUUAAGAAACAUGCGUCAUUAAUGAGGUUCUGGAUUGAGAGCAACAGAUUAACUGAAAGCCAUACGACAAACUACUGAACUAUCACAAGCCAUAACCAUCUCAGAUAAUAACUCUCAGUUUUUAAAGCGCGGUGCUGUGCUUAGUAUCGACGAGAAUCCUGUGCCUCUGUUGUCAGCGUGUCAGUGAAACACUUUGUGGUGUGCGUUAGUGUGAGGGGGAAAAAAAAUGUGUAGGCUUUGUCAAAAGAGAAACUACAUGGAGGAGGAGGAGGAGGAGACAGACAUUUUGCCUGUCAGAGACUGAAAAGAGGAGCAUCAGGCCAACAACAGACAACUGUGGCUGUGAACAGACAUAUAAGUGCUUCCUAAAUCAAAGCCAGACAGGGGUCGUCCUGCUGUGAGACACACAAGAAGAGAUAAAGACAGAGCAUGAACGGUAGCAGUAAAGCCACUGCUCAAGAUGAUUAUUGAUUGUUACUAAAACUGAGUGCUUUACCUACCUGGACGACACAGACUCAGCUCGCGUCGGAGGGGAAAACAGACAGUAACCUCCAGCAAAGGGAGGAGGGAGAGUGGGCAAUAGCCAAUAGAGAGAAAGAGACAGGGGGUAAACUCCCUUUCUCUCUCUCGACCCAUCUCGUCAUCAGGCUGGCUGGCACAGCCAUGGCGUUCACCUUUGCGGCCUUCUGCUACAUGCUCACCUUGGUGCUGUGCGCUGCUCUCAUCUUCUUUGUCAUAUGGCAGAUCAUUGCAUUUGAUGAGCUCCGCACAGACUUCAAAAACCCCAUUGAUCAGAGCAAUCCCACCAGAGCGAGGGAAAGGAUUCUUAACAUUGAAAGAAUCUGCAACCUGCUUCGCAAAUUGGUGGUACCAGAGUAUUCCAUCCACGGGCUCUUCUGCCUGAUGUUCAUGUGUGCCGGAGAGUGGGUCACACUUGGCCUAAAUAUCCCGCUGCUCUUCUACCAUCUGUGGAGGUUUUUUCAUCGGCCAGCUGAUGGGUCAGAGGUCAUGUAUGAUCCCGUCAGUGUGAUGAAUGCCGACAUUCUCAAUUAUUGCCAGAAGGAGUCCUGGUGUAAGCUGGGCUUUUAUCUGCUCUCAUUCUUCUACUAUCUCUACAGUAUGGUCUACGCCUUGGUGAGCUUCUAACAGACAGGAGAUCUGGAGGAAUAAAAGGAAGGAACAGUAAGAAAGACACAGAAGAACAAAUGGAGACAUCAGCUCUUCCUCUCUCCAUGUAUCCUUCCCAUCACUGGCUUGGGUUUUCAACAGUCUAACCUUGGACAAAACAAAAAGACCAAUCUGAGUGAUAAUGUGAAUGUAAAGGUGUUGCCUCCGCUCCAUUAUAUCGCUUUAUCCCAGAUACUGCUGUUGGACAGCUGGACACAUUUUGUGAAGGAUUGAAAUUAAACAUAAAGAGGAUGCAGCAGGUGUUUGUGUUGCCUUUGACCCAUUAUAGGAUAUAUUUCUGAAGGGCUGGAGUUUUCCCAUGCUGCUCUUAACUGAUCCAGUCACUCAACUCACUGUGAAUCCCCCAAACACUUAGGGGCUGGAAAACAGGAUAAUACGUCUGUAUUCUUUGACUUUGAAAAUGUACUAAAAGCAGGAUUGUUUUGGUAUCAUUCCAUGUAUUUAAGAUGAUAAACACCUCUAAUAUCAAGCCACUGCUCUGAUUGUGUUACAGGCACAUAAAACUGUAAGAAACAGGUUCAGUUGUACAGGAGAACUUUAAAGCACUGUAAGAAAUGCGGAUGGUCCUGGCAGGGAAAUACCAGAUUGGUGUGUGCACAGACACUUUUAACCAGGAUGGAGAUAAAGCAUAGCAACAUCUCCUUGAUGCCAGCCUCUGACAAAAGUCAAACGUCACGCUAUAACAAGGAAUUAAUCAUAAGUUCGACUUCAAGGGUCAGUGCUUGUAAUGUGCAUUCAAAAUAAGUAUGUCCAUAGCUGUAAGGACCUCUUUUAUGCUACAUGCUAGGUUCAUGCUUUCCAAAGAGCUUAAUGCUCAGACAUAUAAUGCCAAAAGUUUAUAUCUGAAAAACAUUGUGCCAAAUUAAGAAGUCAAUUAGGACACGUGAAAAGAAAAACUAUUAGGCUAAGUGUUUACAGUGUCUUCAUCUACAUGCUAAGGCACUGUAAGGCCUUGUCUUUAUUUUCACUCCUGUUUGAUUUUGGCACAAUGUUUUUUUUACUUGAAAAAAUAGAAAAAAAACGCAGUUCUGUCGUACUUUUUAGUGUGCAGGGAGAGCCUUAUUCCUAUUUCCAGUGAAGUUUACUCUUACUCAUCUUCAUCUAUACUAUAGUCAUUUUAGCACAGCAACUUUUCUCUGAUUCGAGGUAGAAUAUAGAAAUAUCAUGUACAAAAAGCAAUUAAAAACAGCAAACUAGCAAUGUAAUAUGACUCAUGACAUACCGAUGUAGUGUUAUUCAGUGUAUGUAAUAACAGUGAGUGGGACACAAGUGGCAGAUGAGACAAUGACUCUUUGACAGUGUCAGUUAUUUCAGAAAUGUAAAGACAGUGAAGUCAUCUCAAUAUGUCUACAUCAUACAGUUUCAGAAGGGACAGACGUAAAACGUUAAUGUUGCUGAUGACCAAGAUUUGUAAAAGACUUGUAAACAGCAAAGCCUUUCCUCAGCUGGUGCUGCCUUUGCUAUCAUGUGUUUAUUAGUUUGAUCUGUUUGUAGAUAAGUGAUGGUUCAAAUGUGUCAUCUUAACAUCAGUAGAAAACAGAAUCUCUGGAGCCUGAGAACAAACUGUGUUGUUCGUCAUACGCCGGCUCCACAUGUGGUAAAUGGUUGUGAUGACCCGUCUGGUAUAUAAACUGUGGGACUCACUUAGGGAAAAAAAAAACGUCUUGAAUAUGACAGCCUAUUAAAGUAGUUUCUGAUUAUGUCAAAAGAAAAA